GCGUGCAGUCAGAACUGACUUUCAAUAAUUCAAACCUAAUGGAAAUAUCUUUAUAUAACUGGAUUAUUCCUCGCUUCUAAACGUUUUUAAUUCUUUCUAUGGAUAUAUAUAUUUUGUCACUGAAGAUAUGACGAACAUGUGAACUACAUCUGAGAAUGGAAAUUCUUUUUGUAAACGGACCUGAUCGUUGAACUUGUUUUUCGUACGCAGUCGGUUUUCGCAUCAUGUUUAGGAUACAUAUCGUUGAGUGUUUAUUGAGAAGUUCAGGAAAAUGAUUCACAGCGCAUCUUUCUUCUGUCUGUGUUUUUUGCUGUCGAAUGGUGAUACAAGUGAAGUGAUGUCAGUAUCAGUGAUGGAGGGAGAUUCUGUCACUCUAAACACGAAUGUGACUGAAAGACAGAGAAAUUAUCAGAUAGUGUGGAAAUUUGAACCAAAAGGCAUUCAAAUAGCUGUAAUUUAUAUGCAGAGCAUUGAUAUGAAUGGCAGUAAUGUGAUAUUUGGAGACAGACUGCAGAUGGACAGUCAAACUGGAUCUCUGACCAUCAGAAACAUCAGAACUGAACACUCUGGACUUUAUAAACUACAGAUCUUCAGCAACAGAGAAACUUCACACAAGAGAUUCAAUGUUACUGUCUAUGCUCCUCUGCCCCUUCCUGUCAUCAUCAGUAACUCCUCAAACUUAUCAUCAUCAUCAUCAUCAGGAUCACCAAUGUCUAAAUGUUCACUGCUGUGUUCAGUGUUUAAUGUGAGUCGUGUGACUCUCUCCUGGUACAAAGGAAAUCAUUUACUGUCCAGCAUCAGUGUGUCUGAUCUCAGCAUCAGUCUCUCUCUACCUCUGGAGGUGGAAUAUCAAGAUAAAAACACCUACAGCUGUGUGAUCAACAAUCCCAUCAGCAACCAGACUCAAAACAACAUUAACAUCACUGAACUCUGUCAGACAUGUAAAGCACCAGAUGGCCGUUCACAUUGCAUGUCAAUAGUUAUUCCAGCACUGCUGAUGGUCAUAGCUGUAGUUGCAAGGCUGAUGUACCACAUAAAGUGUAAACAACAAACAAGGUUGUUGUUGCAGCAGAUCACACUGUGUACACAAGUGUUUAGAUAAUCAUUUAGGAUCCAAAAGACUGGCAAUACUUGUUAUGCAGGUCACUUUGUUUUUGUUUCCCCCCUGUGUUUCUUACUUCUUUGUGUGUGUGUG